AUGGAGCCAAAGCACAAAGAGUUGCUAGACCAGUGCCACCAGAACUUAUUGGAGUCCAUAACCGAUGCGGACCAACUGAUUGAGCUGCUGAUAGUUUCUGGUACCUUGAGCCAGCUCGAUAGGUUUGAACUGGACCAGAACUGUUCGUCCAGCGCCGAGAAAGUAGACCACCUUUUGAAGAUGCUGAUGAACAAGGAAAGCGACCAUUUCCUCGAGCUGUGUGUGGCCCUGGAGAAGGCAUACCCUGACCUGUAUACUGCCCUGUUCAGCAACAACGGCGGAGGACCUGUGGACCACUCCACCGGUUCCACAUACAGCGUUCUCUCCACUAUGCCGUCUGACUCAGAAAGCAGCAGCUCCCUCAGUAGUGUUGGUUCGCCCGUUAACGGUGAAGCAUCCUCCCCACCACCCGCCAUCAACGACAACCGGCCAUCCGGUGACAACCUGGAUACCAUCUUGUUCCAGCUCCGCCAGGUGACCAGGGAGAGGGAUGAGCUCCGUAAGCGUCUGGCGUUGGCAUCGCCCGGGACCACCUUCGAUGACUGCAGGCCAAAUUCCAAGCCCAGUCAUGACUAUGAGCGUCUCAAAAGUCAGUGCAUGAGGGCCAUGGCAGAUCUGCAGUCUCUCCAGAACCAGCACACAAAAACACUCAAGAGGUGCGAGGAGGCUGUAAAAGAGGCUGACUUCUACCACAUGCUGCACAGCCGCAUCUUGGGCGAACAGACCCAGCUGAAAGAGGAGAUGGAGACACUCAGGAGGGACGACACUCAACUUGUCCGAGAGCACAACCACCUAAAACAGAGCUGCGAGGAGCUCAAACGACUACACAGUCAAGACCAGAAAGAGUUAGCAGAUCUCCGGCUGCAGCAACAGCAGGUAAUGAGAGAGAAGGGCUCAUCAGAGGUGUUAAACAAACUGUAUGACACAGCUAUGGACAAGCUGGAGGGUGUGAAGAAGGAGUAUGAUGCCCUGAGCAAGCGCUACAGUGAGAAGGUGGCUAACCACAAUACAGACUUGAGUCGCCUUGAGCAGGCCGAGGAGGAGAACCGAAGGCUGCAGAAGCAGAUGGACACACUGCUCAAACAGCGAGACUCAGCCAUGCACUACCAGCAGCAGUACUCCACCUCGAUAAGGAGGUUUGAUUCAGUACAGCAGGAGCUGACGUCCUCCGCUCAGAACAAGGAGUUGCAGAGAGAGAUGGAGCGCCUGCAAUCGGAGGUGACUCGCUACAAGAACUUGCAACUGAAGUCAGCCAAGGACUGCGAGAAGUACAAGGAGGAGAGGGACUCUGUGUUUAACGAGUAUCGUCUCAGAGUGAGAGGACCGGUGAUCAAGGAGCUGGACAAGUUGCAGACAGAACUGGAGGCAGCCAGGCCGACUGAAAAACCCUCUUCAGAAAGAGUGGUUGCCAGUGAAGAGUUGGAGGCACUCCGGCAGGAGUUAAACUCGUCACUGGUGGACCGUGACAGGGCCAUCUGCGAGAGGAACGAGCUGCUGGAGAAGUACUGCCAUGAGGUGAAGGACAAGGCCGAGGCUCAGAAGGAGCUGAGUCAGGCCUGCAAGGACAUCGAGAUGGUACGGGAGGAGAGGGACGUGGCCCGCAAAGAGAGGACGGAGGCCAUCAUUCAAAGGGAUCAGUUGCUCCGAGAGUACUAUCAGGCCAGACAGAAACAAGAUUCGGCCACCCUGGACAUGGAACGAGCCAAUAAAGAGAUUGAGAUGCUGAGGAAACAGUAUGAGGCCAUGUCCCAGGAACUGAAGGAGGCCACACAGGAGGCGGAGGUGGCCAAAUGUCGACGGGACUGGGCCUUUCAAGAGAGGGACAAAAUAGUGGCAGAGAGGGAGAGCAUAAGGACUCUGUGUGAUAACCUACGGCGGGAGAGGGACCGGGCAGUCAGCGAUCUGGCCGAUGCCCUGCGUAAUCUUGACGAUAUGAGGAAACAGAAGAAUGACGCGUUGCGAGAACUCAAAGAACUAAAAGAGAAGAUGGAGAGCCAGCUGGAGAAGGAGGCCCGGUUCUGUCAGCUAAUGGCCCACAGCUCUCACGACUCUGCCAUCGACACAGACUCCCUGGAGUGGGAGACAGAGGUGGUGGAGUUUGAGAAAGACAGGGACGACAUGGAUUUAAAGGCACUUGGGUUUGAUAUCGCUGAGGGGGUAAAUGAUCCGUAUUUACCAGGAGAUUGUGGUAUAUUUGUUACAAGAGUGGACAAAGGAAGUAUCGCAGAUGGAAGGUUAAGAGUGAAUGAUUGGUUGUUGAAGAUUAAUGACAUGGACCUGACCAAUAAGGACAGGAAGCAGGUGGUGAAGGCCUUCCUUAAUGGUGGCGGAUUGAUCAACAUGGUAGUACGAAGAAGGAAGUCUCUGGGAGGAAGGUUCCUCACUCCUGUCCACAUCAACCUCGUGGGACACCAAGACAGUGGUAUUGGUCUGGAGAGCGGCGUGUUUGUCACUGCCCUGGUCCAGGGCAGUCCAGCAGCCAGGGAAGGCUCUCUCACAGUUGGAGACAGACUGAUCGCUAUAAAUGGCAUUGCUCUGGAUAACAAAUCUGUGACAGAGUGUGAGGCUCUGUUGAGGAGCUGCAGGGAUUCUCUUAGCCUCUCUCUGAUGAAGUUCUUCCCUCACAGCACGUCAGGCCAGAACAUCUUUGAGAGUCUGCGUGAGUCUUCAGAGAAGUCCAAUGGGCGCAUUCACUUGUCUGAAAUUCACUCCCGGAACAGCCGCAACUUGAAACACAACAGCUCAACACAGACUGACAUAUUCUGCCCUGAUGUUGGAACUACCAGCACAAGUAGCAUCUCUGGGGAGAGGAGGAAGGUCAGAGGAGAAUCUGAUGAGGUGUACAGCGACAUCAGUAAGCCGUUCUCCACAGGGUCCCUCCAUGCUACUGGCCUUUGGCCGCCCUCUGACUUGGGCACUGGCCGUUAUGGCCCCAGUGCUUUCCAAGAGUGCUGUCCCUACACAAAGGCGCCUUCCUCCUUGCCCUUUGACCCUGUCUCUGCUUCAGACUGCAUCACAAUGGAGACAACCCUGGAGAAGAAGCACAGUGGGGGCACAUGGCCCAAGAUGAUGGUGGGAGGUAUGUCGGUUGCACUAGAUAACACAAGUCCAGUCACAGCAGCAGCCCAGCUCUCCAUCUACAAAUCACCCAAGCAGAGGAAGUCCAUCUUUGACCCAGACACUUUCAAACGCCCCGAAACACCUUCCUCUAAGAUGGAGUACAUGGCAGCCAAUCAGAUUGCAGCAAUGGCCGCUGCUGCAACUUCCCACUCCCCACAGCCUUCGAAGACAGAAUCCCUCUCCUCCUCAUCCACCCCCACCCCGACCCCUCCAACCCCACCCACUCGCAGUGACUCCUUCAAGUUCAAACACAAACAUCAAAGCAGCUCUGCCUCUGAUUGCACAAUCACCUCAGAUGGCAAGGGAGAGGCUGCCGUCUCCAUGGCGGCGGGAGAGAGAAGCGAGCGAGAAAGGGACAGAAAUGGAAACCACUAUUUCCUGGACGGCCAGGUCCUGACCUCGAGGAAAUCAUGCGAUGAGGACAUUGGCCGAACCAGAGGGGAGGAGCCAGAGGUGAAGAGGCCGCGCCCCAAAUCUGCCCCCGCCCUUCGACGUAGAAUGACCCCACAGACUAUCACUCUUCCCUCCUUCCAAAGCUACUCUAACGAUGAGCAUUCACCAGAGCCCAGGGACAUGCUGCGUUCCUCCCCCAGCCGCUCCCAUAGGCACAGCGUCGGCUUUGUCCCGACAGUCUACAAUGGCACACUACCUCCUAAUUCAGUCCACCGUGGUCUGGCUCCUUGCCCUGCUGUGACAGCCGUGAUGAGGAAUCCAGUGUACACCGUGCGCAGUCACCGCGUUCAUACCAGCAACUGUCCAUCUGUCGCCUCCCAGAUAUGUCACCAGCACACCCACACCAGCCCACAACACCAGGGUCGUCUGAGCCUGGACCUGAGCCAGCAGAAGCGCACAAGUGACUACUCUGAAUCCUCAUCGUCACGUAGCAGCAGAGCUUCACACGGUACAAACUCACUGCCCUCCAGCGCACGACUCGGUUCCGCCAAUAAUGUCCAGUACCGCACAGAGAGGAUCAAAAUCCCUUCCACUCCCCGCUACCCCCGUUCCAUGCUGGGGUCAGACAGAGGCUCCCUCUCACACUCUGAGUGUAGCAGUCCCAGUCUCAUCACACCUCCGCAAUCGCCACUCAACCUGGAGACUUCCUCGUUUGCCAGCAGCCAAUCACAAGGCUCCAUUUCCACUUUACCUCGGAUCUCAGUCAGCCCUUUGCCAAUAGGGGAGCGCAGGAAAGACAGGCCAUACUUGGAGGAACCCCGCAAUGUAAUUGUGCACAAAGGCGCUGAGCCUCUUGGCAUUUCCAUCGUUGGUGGGGAGAAUGGAGGGAUCUUUGUCUCUAAAGUUACUGGAGGUAGCAUCGCCCACCAGGCAGGACUGGAGUAUGGAGACCAAUUACUGGAGUAUAACGGCAUCAACCUGCGGAACGCCACGGAGCAGCAAGCUCGACUCAUUAUCGGCCAGCAGUGUGACACCAUCACCAUAAUGGCCCAGUACAACCCACACAUGUACCAGCUGGGCAUCCACUCUCGCUCCAGCUCUCGCUUGGAGCCAGUCAGUACUCACUCAACUCCCCAGGGGAGUGGAGCUGCCACCCCCGACAAUCACUCCAACAUUGAUACACUCAGCGAACAGGACGAGGGCACGCUCACUCCAUCCUCCAAACAGACCACACCCACUACCAGUCCCAAUAAUUUCAUCAGAAUGCCAUCUGAGGGCAGCAAGAAGGUGGAUGAGCCGAGACUUGUGACGGUGCGCAGGCCUGGGGUGGAGGUGGGAGUGACACUCUGCGGCGGGAACGUACGGGGCGUUUACAUAGAGAGCCUGGAUGAAGACAGUCCUGCCAGAGGCCCUGAUGGGCUACUUCCUGGGGACAUCAUUCUGGAGUACAACUCGGUGAAUAUGAAGAAUAAGACGGCAGAAGAGGUGUACGUCGAGAUGCUGAAGCCUGCAGAGACGGUCGCAUUCAAGGUGCAGCAUCGGCCAGAUGACUUCAGCAGACUCAAAGAUGUUCCAGGAGAUGGCUUUUAUAUUAGAGCACUUUACGACCGGGUGGGGGAGGCUGAGGGGGACCUCAGUUUUAAGAAAGAUGACAUCCUGUACGUGGAUGAGUCUUUACCAAAGGGCAGCUUCGGGACAUGGAUGGCCUGGCAGCUAGAUGAGAAUGCACAGCAGAUCCAGAGGGGGCAGAUCCCCAGCAAGUACAUGAUGGACCAAGAGUUUUACCGCAGACACAGUGUGACAGAAAUGAAGGAAGACUCCAGUAAGACACUCUCUGCAGCGGCCCGCAGAUCAUUCUUCAGGAGAAAACAGAAACACAAACGCAGCAGCUCCAAAGAUAGCAAAGAGAUGGUGGCUCUGGAUGCCAUCAGCACAGACUCCAUCCCCUUUCUUGAUGACUGUGUGAGCUUGGCAUAUCAGCGGGUCCAGAAGGUGGAGUGCACCUCUCCCCGACCGGUACUUAUCCUUGGGCCACUCACGGAUGCUGUCAAGGAGAUGCUGGUCAAAGAGUCUCCUGGGAAGUUCUGCAGAUGUUUACUGGAGGUGAUGAAGGCAUCCCAGCAAGCCAUCGAGCGGGGCGUGAAAGACUGCCUCUUCAUCGACUACAAGCGCAGGAGUGGCCAUUUUGACGUGACCACUGUUGCUUCUAUAAAGGAAAUAACAGAUAAGGGCUGUCACUGUUUGCUUGACAUUGCCCCGCAUGCCAUUGAAAGGCUCCACAGCGUUCACAUUUAUCCAAUCGUCGUCUUCGUCCGCUACAAAAACGCAAAGCAGAUAAAAAAAGAUUUCUCUCCCAAGACCCUCACUGGCAAAAUAAGUAACAGGGAGCAAAAAGAUCCGGUUUAUCUGCGGGAUAAAGUCUCUCAAAAACAUUCCAAGGAGCAAUUUGAAAGUGCACAGAAGAUAGAGCAAGAGUACAGCAAAUUUUUCACAGGUAUUGUCCAAGGUGGCACCCUUCCUUACAUUUGCACUCAGAUCAUGACUAUAGUUGAUCAAGAACAAAGUAAAGUCCUGUGGACUCCACUUGGCUGCCCCUAGAGGAGACCGGCUGCCACUACAGCGAGCUGCGGCUUUCAUCCCCAUUCCCCAAACACUAACUAACCCUUUCACACUAUACCAAUAGGUGCACUACGGUAAGCUAGUCAUGUAAAUUAUUAAUAUUUUGUUAUUUCUGAUGUGCUCCGGAGCAGGUUAGUAGCACUGGAUCUCGUAGUUCAAAGUUCAGUCAGUCUUCCCUAAGGGUUUCUGGUGGUGUAUGUGUAAUGCUGCAUUGUAAGCGUCCGUUUACAGUCAAAAGACGAGUUUGACUAUUGGUGUUCAAUAUUUGCUCGAAUGCGUGUGUGUCCCCCACCCAUUGUGUACACAAACCUCAACACUAAUGAAGUUCAGCCACCCCCUGACCCUCCCAUGUACCAAAUGACAUUUGUGGUUUCCCUACAAUUAUGCACCCAUUUGACGACGACUGACAACUACUGUGUUUGUGCGUAAGUGUGUGAGAGAGCGCAAAAAACAUUGACACUGUUGUUCAGUUUUACUGAUAAUGGUUGUUUGCUAGCAUGGAUACGAUGCUAUAGAAAUGGAAUGCCAGAAUCAGCCGUCACAUUCCUUGUGGUGUUUCAUCACAGAAGUCCAAAAGCAUCAAACCUCUUGAAGUAUGUAGCUGUGGUCCUACUGAACCUGUCUGCCAGCAGUGACGGCCAUAAAAACUCAAAACACAUCGAUGUUUGCUCUAUGCAUUGUGUUUCUAAAGUAGCUGGGUGUGUGGACAGUUUAUGGAAGUGCCUUUGGAGAAGAUGCCUGAUCUCAAACCAGCCUCUGGUCACGUAGCCAGAACAUUCAGGAGGAUUUUUGAGAGUUUCUCUUCCAAGAUCAUAUGCAUCCUUUCACCCUUCAUGGACUAAAUGAGUUAGAGGCUGAUUUGAGACCAGUACUGUGUAGACCGUAUGACAAUGGUGAGGUUUUGAGGGUAGGCCAAAGUGGCGGCCAACGGGUUAACUCCUCAGAAUGCACUCCAGGGCUAGACAGACCACUGUGUAACUAUCAUUCUAUCUCUUUAACAUAUAUUUAACAACAAUAUAGAGUAUAACAUAUACAGUAUGCAGAUACAUCUGAAAAAAGAAACCCAUAUAUAAAUAUAUAUUACAUGUAUUUUUACUAGGUCAUAGGCCUAGGAAUGUCUGGCAAUCAAGUCAUGUCUUAGCAGGUAUUAGCAUGUUUUUUUUUUGUUUUUUUAAGAAUUUAUUUUUGUUUUAUGUGGUUGGUUGUCAGUCACUUAUCAAUGUACUCAUUAAAAGAUACACUAUGAAGCAAAAUUUGCAGGGUAAAAUCAUAAAGGAUUUUCCUCUGAUCUGUUUAAAUGUAAGUGAAUUUUCAUUGUUAUUUAAUUGUAUUUUUUAUUCAGGAGGCAAGACAUAUUGACAAAAAUAUUCUGCUCUUCCUCAAAACCAUAUCCUGUAUCUUAUUGUGCCAAAAUCCACUAAGGCAACUUUAUCCUUUUAUUUCUGUUUUGCACUUGUUUAUCUGUUAACCUUAAACAUGUAACUGUUCCUAGGUUUGCAGUAGACUACAAAUAGGUACUAUAAUUUCUACUGUAACUAAUUCAUGUUUUUAUCUAUCACAUCAGUUCCUAACAUUUCAUUGAUGGCCUUUUUUUCUUAAUUAGAAAAAAGGAUCACUUCUUAUUUGAAUUAUUAAAAAGGGAUCUAUUCUUGCACAGUUUUCAAAGAAAAAUUGGUCCACAAGUUUGACUAUCGGGCUAAAUGAGUAAGCAGAAGCAAACUGUAAUGUUACUAUUUUUCUGAGUAGAUGGCAUAUGUUAGAGAGAGAGAGAGAGAGAGAGAGAGAGCGGGAUACAACGUGAAAUGGUUGUCUUUUUAGAAAGAGUCUAGAUGCCAGGUACUGAUUGAACUUUUCUUUUAUUAAAAAGAAUGUGAUUUGUAUGUUGAGACAUUAACAUGAGAAUAAAACUCAUUUUCUGUAUCACAAUACAUACUCCGUCUGUGAGUUUUUGGUAGUCUAAUACUGAAAAAGAAAAAUUAAGUUUUCUCCUCUCACA